GGGUGGAGAUUCAUCCUCCAGCCCGAGCAGCGGACAUUAGACCGGAGGAGCUCUGCGGUGUGUGUCCGCCCAGAGGAGGCUCCAGGUCGGUCAGCAGCAGCAGCAGCAGCGGGCACUCAGGCUCCGUCUCCCCGCGGUAGAGGUUCUUAGCCCCGCAGAGAAGAACCCGGUUCUCCUUGUUCGCUUGCCUCUCCUCGUGUGUUCAGACCCGCCGCUGCAGGAUCCCGCAGCUCGGCUCCUGGACGCUUCCACUUUUAUUUUUCCAUCAUUAUUUUUCCACCCUGUGAAUAAUCCUCCAUCUUCCGCGGAGAAAUACAAACUUCGGACCGCACACGGAGCUCCGCAGCCCGGGGCCCGUCACCGGGGAGGACGGAGAUCGGACACCGAGCACCGAGCCCGCAUUUGUCCGCUUGACGCCGCGAGGGAAGCGGAAGGAGGAAACCCGAAGCCCCGCUGUCAGCAGCAGCUCCUGGAGGAAGAGGAGGAUUUAACCGGGAGAGGAUUUAACCACCGGGGGAGAGUUCACGAUCUCAAAGGUGCCGGGUGCCACGGGACUCCUGAGCCUCUGAGGGGCCAACACAAAGGGCGAGGGGAAGAGGCAGAGUAAAGCCGAGGGAGGGAGGGACAGAAGAGGACAAAAGAGGGGGAGGAGCAGAAGAAAGAGGGAAGAUUCCUGCUUGGCGCCAGGCCGGGAGGAGAAGAAGAGGGAGGGAAGGAGAUUUGAAAGGAAGGAUUUGCUCUAUCUGUCGGGGGUGCAUGCUCCCCCCUGAGUCCCCCCCCCCCACUUGGACAUCCUCCUCCUUAUUUUUUUCUGCGUCAGUGACGGGACGACAAAAGGCAAAGAAUGCACAGUAAACUGAAGGGAAGCCUGGCGGCGAGCAGGGGCCUGGAUGUGAGACUACCCAGGACUAGAGCCUUGCUGCUGGGCCUCCUUCUCGCCGCGGCGACCUGUCUCCACCUGCCCGUCAGCGCGGAGGUGGAGAUCGACGUGCUGAGCGAGAUGGUGCUGAUGGAGACGGGCGGACAAGGCGACGGAAUGGGUGGACGGAGCGAGCUGGAGGCCUCCAUGCACUCCUCCAUCCUCCGGGACUUCCAGGAGGUGACGGAAGGUAUCCGGGAGAUGGAGGCUGUUGCCAUAGAAACCGGCCAGACAGCACAAACUCAGCAGAACGUUGCGGCGCCCACUGCCUUCCCAGACUCCUCAGCGGUGGUGGGUCGAAUCUUCCAGAUGAAGGUGCCAAACAAGAUGGAGGAUGUUUACCUGGGUGACAUCGUCAAGAUUACUGAGAUGGGUAAGGAUUCCCUCCCCGCCUGGCUGCACUGGGACGCCGGCAGCAGAAUCCUGCAGGGUCUUCCUUUGGAGGAGGACAAAGGCGUCCAUUACAUCUCCGCAUCCAUCUCCAACCACACAAAGUCCUCUUCUUCUGAGGUGUUUUCCAUCGAGGUUCACCCUGAAGAUCAUCCGGAUGCAGACGCAGCCCAGCUGUCAUCCAACCAGGCCACUGCUGAGGACGACGUCCGGCCGUUCGUGUGUGGACACGAGGAACCGGUCACGGUGCUGACGGUGAUCCUGGAUGCUGAUUUAACCAAAAUGAGCUCAGAGCAGAGGGUGGAGCUGCUGGAUAACAUGAGGAGCUUCUCUGGGGUGGGGCUCCAGCACAUGAAGAUACUGCCCGUGGUCAACAACAGGCUGUUUGACAUGUCUGCGUUCAUGGCUGGGCCGGGGAACGCUAAAAAGGUGGUGGAGAACGGAGCUCUGUUGUCGUGGAAACUCGGCUGCUCAUUGGACCAGAGCACGGUCCCAAACAUCAACAGUGUCCAGGGUCCAGCGAAGGAAGGCACCAUGUCGGCCAAGCUGGGCUACCCGGUGGUGGGGUGGCACAUCGCCAACAAGAAGCCCCAUGUCCCGAAGAGAGUGAGACGACAGCUGAACAACACUCCCACGCCGGUUCUGGCUGUGCUCCCCCCUACGACCGUGGUGGAGCCUCCAGUGAGGAUUAUCCCGACCCUCUCCUCCCCCUCUAUCGCCGCACCAACUGAGAGCUCAGCCCCCCCUGUACGAGGCCCCGUUCCCCUUCCAGGCAAACCUACCAUCAGAGUCCGUGACCCCAUCGCCCACACUCCAACCUUGGGACCUCCUCAACCAACAAGGGUGGUGGAGACCACCAGCACGAUUUCCAUCCAGCCAACCAUGACCAGGCCCACGUUUGUGGAAGCGACAGCCACACCCCCCACACCUACCAGAAGACCUACCAAGAAACCUAAGAGGCCUAAAUCCACACCGGUGCCCAGAGAGUCAAAGACCUCUACACCUAAGCCGGCCAUACGCACCACCGCAUUACCAGGUGUUAUCGUGGAUCCAUCCAAUCACAAGCCAAGCCUGAAAAACCCCCUCGACCAGGUCAAUGCAUUGGUGGGCACCUAUUUUGAGGUUAAGAUCCCGCUGGAUACAUUCUUCGAUUAUGAGGACGGCACAACCGACAAGCUGCGUCUCACCUUGAGACAGAACCACAAUGAGGUGGUUGGCGAAGGCUCCUGGAUCCAGUUCAACACCACCAGCCAGCUUCUCUACGGCCUGCCUGACGCCCCACAUGUGGGGAAACACGAGUACUUCAUAUAUGCAACGGACAAAGGAGGCCUGAAUGCAAUCGACGCUUUUGAGGUCCGUGUUAACCGCUGGCCCGUCAAUGACAAGACCCCGGUGAUCUUCACAGCCCGAUUCGAUGGAGCGCCACAUUCAGUAACGCAUGAUAUCCACAAGAAAAUCCUUCUGGUCAAGAAGCUGGCGUAUGCCCUCGGGGACCGCAACAGCAGUACAGUGAGUCUGCUGAAUAUCAGCAAAGGGUCCAUUGUAGUGGAGUGGACAAACACCAGCCUCCCGCAGCAUCCGUGUCCAAGGGAGCAGCUCCUGGUCAUGAGCAGAACACUCGCCAAUAGUGAGGGAAGGCCGUCGCAGACCUUCAAGUACGCUAUGGAGCCUGAGUUUAGACCUCUGGAUGUCAAUGUCAAAGGAAGAGCAAGCUGCAGAAAGUACUCCUUUGUCCCACCAGGGGAGAUCGAUCUACCAGAACCUCCAGCAGUCACCCCGGCUCUGGGAACCGGCCGUCAGAGCACAGACGAUGUCUAUCUCCACACAGUCAUUCCUGCUGUGGUGGUAGCAGCCAUACUGCUAAUAGCAGGAAUCAUCGCGAUGAUCUGCUACAGGAAGAAGCGAAAGGGCAAGCUGACCAUUGAAGACCAGGCCACCUUUAUCAAAAAAGGUGUGCCCAUUAUCUUUGCGGACGAACUGGACGACUCUAAGCCGCCUCCAUCCUCCAGUAUGCCCCUGAUUCUGCAGGAAGAGAAGCCCCCACUUCCACCUCCCGAGUACCCCAACAUGGCCACACCAGAGACCACUCCUCUCAACCAGGAACUGCUGGGGGAGUACACCGCUCUGCAGGACGACGACCCCAACGCCCCUCCCUACCAGCCACCACCUCCCUUCUCCACUCCCAUGGAGGGCAAGGGCUCCCGUCCCAAGAACAUGACUCCCUACAGAUCCCCACCUCCCUACGUGCCGCCCUAAGACCAGUUCAAGCCUCCCCUCGUAGGGCGGAGGGAGAGGAUGCCUGAGGAACUGCGACGGUUUCCAUUCUGGUGUCUGUCUGGACAUUUACAGGAGAGAUGACAAGAGGUGCUAAAGUACAAAACAGCUACAAGGGAUUUGGGUUUGGGGGGGGGGGGGAGGGAUGAGUCGGGGUUUUACAGUGGACACAUGGGAUGAUCAGUUGAAACAGCUGGGAGCGACUACUGUUUCAGUGCUCGCCCCGCUACUACAGUGGCCUAAGACAAACAGAUUCUCGUCAGCACUGGCUUUCGGGUCGACCAGUUGGUCAGAAGCGACAAUUGGGAGACGUGCGCUCCCUUCCCAGCAGCAUUUCACUUUUUCUUCUGUUGAUUUGGAUACUUCUGUUGAUUUGGAUUUUUCAAUUUUAUUUUUCAUCUCUAGCCCGAGAUUAUCAGUUUUUCUUUUUUGGGGGAAUGAAUCAUUUGCCCAACAACUCUUUUGUCUUGCUUUGAAAUAAUACGAGGAGACGGCGGACUGCCAUCAGGCCGCUGCAGGCAACAGCUCGUACUGAGAUGCUCUGAGUCUCGAUCCCCCGGCAGAAGACACACGAGGACGGGCGGCCGCGGAGUGUGUGCACGUUUGAAUGAGUGGGUGUGUUUAUUCAGAUUCAGUACGGUUUGCCUUUUAACACUAGUUGUCUAUUUCUAUCCUUAUUCACGAUGUCUAGUAAAGAUGAGAAUAACAUGGUAGCCUAAAAAAGAUUUAGAGAUAAAUAAUAAUUUCUUUGUUAUAAUGGUUUUUAAAAUUCACUGUAUAUCUGGAGGAUGUCCUGAGAGCUUGUGUUAUAUUUUGUUGGGUGGUGGAGGAAAGGGAUCGACUCAGUGAAAUAACCUGCGGGAGAUGUUUUAUUCCUGUUUAUUGCAACAAUUCAUCGAUAAUUAUAGAUGAAAAAAACACCUUUUAAUGGUAAAUUAAUAAUUUAAAGGUAAAUCAGGAUUUAAAUGUGGAUUUGGAUGCAGAAUAAAUAACUAAUCUAAUUCUACCUUCAUUUGGUGACUUGACGUGAACACAGUGAAACGACGUUUCCGUUCAUUCACAGUUGAGACCUGAACGGGAAGAAGAGCUCCAAGUUUAUUUUGGUCCAGUGUUAAUUAUUUUUUUAUGAAAGGAGGAAAGUUCCUCUGAGUCCGAGGAGGAGGACUUUGUGCCACGGACACCGUCCCGGACGGGAUUGUACAGAUACUCACGUUUUAAAGGUCACAGAGGAGACGGGAGUUGAGUCGGAGGCAGAAAGACAGAACCAUACAUUUCUAGAAAUUAGCGAUCAAAGAAAAUCUCCCUCUAAUUUUCUUAAUUUUAAUUUUUUACAAAGUUUUUGAUACAGCCUCAAAUUGUUUGAUUAUUAAAAUAAAACCUGAUUAAUGAUUAGUCUUCUGUGAUUUGUAAAAUCUUAGACUUGAACUAUGAUUCAGUUAUGUACACUUUGUUUUUGUCAUGGGUCACAUAAUUCAAGUGUUUUAUUUUAUCGUGUGUGUGUUUGCAUAUCGAAAUGUAUCUCCCAUUAUACACAGAAGGAAUGACCCAUAUUUUAUGUAAUCACAAAUUUUAUUUUUAUGUCCUUAAGUUUGCUGAUGAGAUGAAAGUGACCCUUUGCAAUAAUAAUGUAAGUCGGCUCAGCGACUGGUCGAUGCCAGGGACUCGUAUUGUCAUAAUCUUGUUGGUUUUUGCAGGAUGCCAAGGCUUUUGCUUUUCAAGUGUGCAUUGUCAUAAUAAAACCAACUGGUACGAUAAGAAA